AUGGCGAUGAUGACGAUGCAGACGGGAGGACUGAUGAUGGCCGCACUGGGCUGGCUGGGCUCCAUCCUCACCUGUGCCCUGCCCAUGUGGAAGGUGACGGCCUUCAUCGGCUCCAACAUUGUGGUGGCCCAGGUGUUCUGGGAAGGGCUGUGGAUGAACUGCGUCUAUGAGAGCACGGGGCAGAUGCAGUGCAAGGCCUACGACUCGCUGCUGGAGCUCACCUCUGACCUGCAAGCUGCUCGUGCCCUGGUGGUCACCUCCAUCUUCGUGGCCUGCCUUGCCUUCUUCAUCGCCCUCUCGGGAGCUGACUGCACCCGCUGUGUGGAUGACAACGGCACCAAGAGCAGGAUCUCUGCAGUGGCAGGUGUCAUCUUCAUCAUGGCCAGCAUCAUGCUGCUCAUCCCUGUUUCCUGGUCUGCCAACAGCAUCGUCAGCAACUUCUACAACCCCAUGGUGCCUGAGGCCCUCAAGAGAGAGCUGGGGGCUGCCCUCUACAUCGGCUGGGCCUCCAGUGCCCUGCAGCUCUUCGGUGGGGGUGUCCUGUGCUGCUCAGGAUCCCAGUCCCAGCAGGACCCCUACCCCAAGAAGUACAGGGCAGUGAAAACCUGUGGCCCAAUGGGCUAUGCCAUGAAGGACUAUGUGUGA